CGUGGAAUUUAAAAAUCUCACCUAACCGUAAAGGUGUUCGCGCGAGGAGGAGAAUCGUGUUAUCGAUACGCAAUAUUGCAAAACAAAUUUUACAAUUAUCAUAUUAUUUACGCGGACUGUAAUGUUCGAACUGCGGACUGCGAGAUAACUUAAGAAUACUGUAAACACCUGAGGUGUUCUGAACAACCGAAGUAAGAGACGAACCGGAAUGUGCGAUUUAAUCGAUUUAAAUAGUCCGGACGCGAAAGGAUCGCGAAACCCCACGAAACUGGCCUCGCCUUUGAUACCGGCUCCUAAAAAUGCCGAAUCCAACAGCGAAACAAAUUCAUUGAUGAUAACAGAGAAACGUGAGAAUGAGGGCAACAAUCCAUUUGAUACGGUGUUGCACGAAACCGCCGAAUAUGUCAGCAAAAAGGGCGAUCCCUUUGAAGUGAUGCUACAACGAGCUCUGAAGUUUAAAAGGAAAAGGGCCACAGAUCUGAAAGUGCGAUCUGUGAACUUUGCGGAUGAUUUUACUCCAAAAAGUAAGAAGAGGUACUUAAAGAUGAGAAACAAGACAUUGGAUGGGUCUUUGCUUGAAACUAAAUUGUAUUCGGAUAUAUCAAGCAAUGAUCAGAAAGUGAAAAUAAAGAUAGAAACUGUUGAUUUUGAUGCAGAAAAUGCUGGUGUCUGUGAUAAUAAUGCGACAGAAAAUACCUCUAUGGUCAAACAAUGUCAGAAAACAUUGAUUACCGGUCCAGAGCUGGAGUUGUCAAUUUUAAAUCAGUCUGCGAUGAACGACACGUUACUAGAAUCAGUUUCCAAAUCCAUAAAGGAUGAUGAUAUAGCAGACACAUUGUUUAAAGAAUUUGGUCUUUCUUCCAAUAAUCUUAAAUUGCGUUCAUUGUCACAAGGAGCUGGAAGGUCACCAACAAUAUUAUCAUGUUUAAAUAAGAGAUCACUAUCAGUAACAGAUGAUCAGAAAAAAUGUUCACAAAGUGAUAGCAGUGCUUUAUCUCUUCUAGAUAAAGCUUUUUUGCAGAGCAAACAAGAUGAACAAUCUAUAUUUUCUUCUUUAUCAAAUGUUUCAUCUAUAACAAAAUUGAGUUCUAUUUCAAUAUCGUCAAUUGAUACUAUGAAUCAUGCUUUCUUGGAUAGUAAUUCACUAAAAUUGAGUCAAGAAAAGAUAAAUACAACUGAAAAUUCUAUGGAAAUAAAAUCAAAGUAUGAUUUGUCAGAUCUAGCAGAAAGACUUGACAAAUUAAGAUGUACUAUGAAUGAGGCAAUUUGUACUUCGAAUAUAACAGAAACUGAAUCUAAUUUUAUGAAAGAAGAAAAGAAACAAAUUUCAAAUGACAAAUUAAUAGAUGUUGAUGUAUUUCUGCCAGAACAAAAUUCCAGUAAAGAAUGCAAUAAAAGCUCAACCUCCACUGUUUCUUCGGAUUCUGUAUUUGCUGGUACUAAUAAAGUCGACAAGUCAAUAUUGAAUGAAGCCAAAAUGCUUUCAAAGACUUUUGAGGAAUUAGCACUAAGAACGGAUUCUGAAUCUAACACGGAUGAUGAUUUAAUUUCAAAUAAUACUCUGUGGAUGUCAGAAUUAUUACCAGCAUUUGAAGAUGAUCUUGUAGUAGAGAAUUUAAUUGAAUUACCCAUUUCGCCAGAAGAAAACUCAAAAGACAUUAGAAACAAUAAUAAAGAGCAGUCUCCUCCAAGUGACAAUAUAGACAGGAAUUCUCUAAAGGAAAUGGAGCCACAAUUCACAGAUUGCGUAAAACAGACAAUUAUAACAUCAUUAUUGUCAGAUCUCAGAAAAUUAGUUAAAGUAGAAAGUAAUCCAGAAAUCAAUAAAUUACUUGAUAAUUUGGAAAAUGUUUUAGAUUCUAAUUGUAAAAAUAAUACAGAAUUGUUAGUAACCUGUCUCAAUAUAUCAAAUGAAUUGCGAAGCCCUCAGAAAAUAUUGUCGAAAUCAUCUGACAUAAUCGAAAGAUCUGAAGAUACAAGUACUGAUAAGAGCGAAGAAGAAAGUGAAAAAAUAUCAUCCAAAGAAGAGAUCAGUAAUGCUGAAAAGUUGUCAUCUGAUAUAAAUAGAUUGGAAGACACUCUGCAAACUACAACUAGCAGUAGUGGCAGUUUGUCAGUUAAUCCUUCAUCUUUUAAAGAUAAUAGUGAAAAUUAUCAUUCACGUGAAGAAGAACAUACAAAUUGUACUAAAGAGAACGAUAAAGAUGAAAAAUUAGCAGUAGAAUUACUGAUGAAUCUUGGAAAAUUAUUGAGCGGUCAAGAGGAGGAUGCUACAACAAUGCAGUUACUUAAAAGUAUAGGCAAAGCUUUAAAUGUUGCAUCAAAUAACCAUAAAAGUGAAAAUGAGAUACAGCUAGACAAUAAUAAAAGGCGUAGUAUUCAACGGGCUAUACCAAUAAAGGCAUCAGAAUCUGAUUGUAAUGUGCAUUCAACAAAAGCGAAGCAUAGACAAAGCAUUGAAACAAAACCUAAACCACUCGAGAAAACGGUUAGAAGAAGUUUAUCUGUAAUUCAUUCGUCGCCCAAAAAUACAUCAAAUAUGCAAAUACGUAAAUAUAGAAGUACGUCCGAAGUUGAAGAUGGCAAGAAACAUUUUUUAAGUAAGCCUAGAUUAAUUGAUAAUCUAGCAAAUAAAAAAGCUAUAAUUUCAGAAACAUGUAAUAUAGGAAAAGCGGAUGUUAUACAAUCUGAAUCUAAAAAGGAGAAAUGCAUUGCUAUAAACGAUGUUAAAAAUAAGUUAAAGAAAAGGACAAGUAUAGUCAAUAAAAGAGGUCCUAUGAAAGCAGUGCAUCCUGUAGACAAUAUGCAAAAGAAAGGAACAUUUUCAGGAAAACAAACGGCAUCAUCUUCUCAAACUACGCCACCUAAAUCUGAUAAAACUACUUGUGGUAAAAUAAUCAGUAGCACUCCCAAUUCAGUGGACAAUAAACAUGUGGUGAAGAAAUCUGUGAGAUCCAAGCCGAUGGCUUCGUCGACACCAGACAGUCAAAAUAGUAAGACUUCGAAUACACACUUGUCUGCUAAUAAAAAAGGUAACCUUUCGUGUGAUAUUUCACCAGUGACUGCAUAUGUAAACAUGAGUGGCAGCAAUGAACGAAAAGAAAGUCCCAAAAAAUUAUCCAAACUGCCAACUCCGAAGAAGUGUACAACACCUAAGACGGAUGCGUUUAGAAACUCAAAGUUUUCAACAUCACCCAAGCACAGUUUAUCCUUCAAUGUAAACUAUCAGAGGUCUCCGCAGCGUUUAAAUAGGAGUUUAGUGGAUCGUCCGCGAUACUCUCCUGUUUAUCAGAAAAAGAGUGCCGAAAAGAUACAACAGAGUCCAUUUAAAGAAAAUAGAAUCACUGGAAAGGUGAAGCCACUUAAUUUGAUAUCUAAACUUAAACAGCACGGACCCGAUGAUGUCAUCAACAAGGAAAACAAUUACGCUUAGAAUGUGAUCCAACGUGAAACGGAUUGCAUUACCGUGUGAUAUUAAUCAUUAGACAUAGAAAUCAAGGUAAUAGAGAUGCAGUUUCUUUUUUUCUUAUAUAUAUAUAUUUAUGAGAUAUUUUGUACGUUUGAUAAUAAAAUACAUGCGAUUUUAUGUACAAAAUAGCGCCGUUCGAUCGUACGUAUAAAUCUUAAAAUAA